AUGAAGAUUGAACAUGAGACUUUGGUAAAGGCUUUGAAUGAUGAUCAGGAAAAAAAUUACGACUCUGUGAUUAGAUCAACAAUUGAAAAAAAAGGUGAUUUUUUUUCCGUUUAUGGACAUGGAGGGACGAGUAAAACUUACCUAUACAAAACAAUCAUAAGCAAGUUAAGGUCUGAGGAAAAAAUAGUCCUUGCAGUGGCAUCUUCAGGCAUUGCUUCUCUUUUACUACCUGGAGGGAGAACAACUCACAGUAAAUUUGAUAUUCCUAUAGAAUUGUUUCAAAACAGUACAUGUGGAAUUAAACAAAAAUCAGAUUUAGCAUGGCUACUCCAACAAACAGAUUUAAUUAUUUGGGAUGAGGCCCCCAUGACUCACAGAUAUGCAUUUGAGGCUUUGGAUAAAAGUUUAAGAGACAUAGUAUCAAUUAUUUAUAAUGAUGCAUCAGAAAAAAUAUUUGGAGGAAAGACAGUUUUGUUUGGAGGUGAUUUUAGGCAAAUACUUCAAGUUAUACCAAAAGGUAAACGCAAAGAAAUAGUGCAAUCUUCAAUUAAUAGAUCAUAUUUGUGGGAUAGCGAGAUGGAAAUAUUGAAACAACAGCAAAAGAAAAUGAGGAUAACCCAACUUGAAUUCAAAUACCAAAUAAAUAUUUGCUUGAGGAGGUAUAAUAUAGUCCGUACAGAUUAUAAGAUGCAAACUUUUGUCUUCCAUUUUCUAAGAAUUACAGUAAAUAAUAUCAGAAUUACCAAAUCAUUUAUUGGAGUUGAAGAUGGGAAUGCCAGUCAUGCUACUAAGAAACAUCAAUCAUACACAAGGGCUAUGCAACGGUACUAG